CAAAAGAAAAAUCUCUCCUCCAUAUUCUUUCCAUCACUUUCCAGCUGGUUGAGGAUUUUGGUUUUUGGAUCCAAAACCCUCUCUCUCUCUCUCUCUAAAUCUUGAAAUAGUCCAUCUGUCUGUCCAUGCCAUCAACCAGAUCAGUCACAGAAAUUAUCUUUAAAAUCCUAAAGCUGACAUCUGUGAAGCUGUAAGUGGACCAAACUCCUAUUGUUCAUAUCCCAGGGUAACACCUCUAUUCAGGAAAAAAAAAUUGAAGCUUUGUUGAGCUAAAUAAGGAGAUAAUUUUCAGGUUCGAGCUCUGCGCUAUGUAAACUAAGUCUGGUAUUUAAGUGAGGAAGAGUAGAGAAUCGGGCUCAUUAUCCUCUGAGUUUCGAAGGUUACAAUUGUUCCUAAAGGUUGACACUACGCGAAUUUCUCAUUCCUUAAAAAAUAAGGAGAGAAUUUUUCAGGUUCGAGCCCUGCACGAUGCAAUCUAAGUCUAGUAUUUAAGUGAAGAAGGGUAGAGAAACGGCCCCAUUAUCCCCGAGUUUUGACGGUUACAAUUGUUUCUAAGGGUUAGCUCCACACGGAUUUCUCGGUCAUAAAAAAAUAAGGAGAUAAUUUUCAGGUUCGAGCUCUGCGCCAUGCAAACUAAGUUUGAUAUUUAAGUGAAGAAGGGUAAAAAGGUAGGCUCAUUAUCUCCGAGUUUCGAAGGUUACAAUUGUUCUUAAGGGUUGGCUCGAGACAAAUUUCUCGGUCAUUAAAAAAUAAGGAGAUAAUUUUGGGUGAUUUAAGUGAUCAAAUGGGGUCAUCUGGAUUUUUCCUCUUGUGUAUUCUUCAUUCUAUGGUGGCAUUAACUUCUGGAGGAUUAAUGAUGUUUUACAGCAAUGAGGUAUUUAUAUUUAGCCAUGGCAGAGAACGUGCUAGUAAACUUCUGGGGUCAACACCACAUGAUCAAUUAAUAAUCCAAAUAUCUGAUUCAUUUUCUGGACUGCUUUUAUUUGCAAUUGGAUUUUUCUUGUUCAUGGUUGCAUUUAUAAAGGAUAGAGAGUUUCAUGGAUUCUUUGCUAAAGGAUGUGUUCUUCUUCACAUUGCUAUGGCUAUUUGGAGAAUUUACUUUGAGAGGAAACUUGAAGAGGAUCUUGGUCGUGAUUGGUUGAGACUUGUUGUUGCUGACAUUGCUUUAGGUCUUUCUUGGGUUUUCUUUCUCGUGUAUUCUUGGAGAGAGAAGUAUGAUUAGUCUUGGUAAAGGGGCGUGCCCAUUAUCCAUCUUGUUUUGAACAGGAUGCUACUAUGUUCAUUAUCCAUCGAGUUUCGAACGGUGCACUACUUUGUUCAUUAUCCGUCGAGUUUUGGACGGUGCGUUACUAACCUUCAGGGAUUUGUCGGUUAUUAAGAAAAGUUUGAUUAGUCUUUGUAGAGGGUGUGCUUGUUUUCCACCUGAGUUUCGAGCGGUGCACUACUUGUUCAUUAGCCAUCGAGUUUUGGACGAUGUGUUGCUUACCUUCAGGGAUUUCUCGGUUAUUAGAAAAAGUUUGAUUAGUGUUGGUAGAGGGCAUGUCCGUUAUCCUCCGAGUUUCAAAUGGUGUGCCACUGUGUCCAUUACUCAUCUGUGUUUCGAAUGGUGCACAACUGUGUCCAUUAUCCGAAACUCAGUGCACUACUAUGUCCAUUAUCCAUCGAGUUUUGGACGGUACGCUGCUGACCUUCAGAGAUUUCUCGGAUAUUAAAAAAAGUUUGAUUAGUCUUUGUUUGCGUUUUUACAUUUUUAUUCACAAGACAACAACAUCAGUUCUUGUUCAAAUAUCAAUCAACUGCUUCUCAAUUCCGAACUAGUUGGAUUGCUUGGGGCAUCAUAUGGAUAUGAUUGUGUGACAAGAAGCUACUUUGCAAGUUAAAAUUUUGAAACACAAAAAAGAUUGUGUUUCUCUGCUUCAAUCUUGUACAGUACUUUCUUCUUUUUUUUUUUUUGUUCUUUUUGUGUGGAUAAAGUUUGUAUAGUACCUCCUUUUCUCCCUUAAUUAUCUUUGAUGUAAGUUUUUGUUGAUAGAAAUGAGAAGUGUUUGUGAUCUCCUUAUGUUGGCUUCUAUUGAAAUUUUUACCUUUUCAUUUUC